AUUACUUUCCCGAACCAUCCUGAAUCCAAAGUGGUGUUUGUCCCUGUUCCUAACAAUCUCAUAAAAUCUUCUACGGAUUCUCCUUAUCUCCGAUUUCAACGAUCAAAAACAAAAAAUGGAUCCGUUUUGAUUUGUCAAGCAGGAUAUAAUGUGCGCAGUUCCGCCAUUCAAAAACCCCGCGUCUGAAUGAGGUGUUUUGGCUUUAUUCCUACCAAAUAUUGUACACAUCCCCAGUAUUAUUUUCCAACACGUCCCCAGCCCCACUCCUUUCCUGUAUGCAUUUAUUUAUGAAGGAGAUACCUGCCUCUCUUCCCGCAGCGUCUCUUACCACUUUCAUCUUCAGAUCCAAGGCUCACCAUCACUGCCUUAGGAUGGGAAGAUUCGAAUGACAAAUUGACAAUCUCUUUUUUGCUGAAUAAUAUCAUGGAGCGGCCAUCUAUUACCAUUUUGUUCUUGAUUUUCUUGUUUCUCCUACUGCAAUCCAAAGAAUCUUUAUCUGCUUCCAAUUUCUUGAUUGGCCUUGGAAGUUAUGACAUAACGGGGCCAGCUGCCGAUGUCAAUAUGAUGGGAUAUGCAAACAUGGAACAAAUUGCAUCUGGAGUUCACUUCAGAUUGCGAGCUCGUUCUUUUAUUGUGGCAGAACCUCAGGGGAAUCGUAUAGUUUUUGUGAACCUUGAUGCUUGCAUGGCCUCACAACUCGUUGCAAUUAAAUUACUUGAGAAAUUAAAAGCAAGGUAUGGUGAUCUUUACACUGAGAAGAAUGUUGCCAUUAGUGGUAUUCACACUCAUGCUGGCCCUGGAGGCUAUCUCCAAUAUGUUGUAUAUAUUGUAACAUCUCUUGGAUUUGUAAGGCAGUCAUUUGAUGCCCUUGUUGAUGGUAUUGAGCACAGCAUUAUACAAGCACACGAAAAUCUACGCCCAGGUUCUAUUUCUAUAAAUAAUGGAGAGCUCUUGGAUGCUGGCAUAAACCGCAGUCCUAGUGCUUAUCUCAACAAUCCAGCAGUUGAACGGGGUAAAUAUAAGUACAAUAUUGAUAAGGAAAUGACACUCAUCAAGUUUGUUGAUGAGAAGUGGGGUCCAAUAGGUAGCUUUAACUGGCUUCCAACACAUGGAACUUCUAUGAGUCGUACAAACUCUUUGAUUAGUGGUGACAACAAAGGUGCUGCAGCACGAUUUAUGGAAGAUUGGUUUGAACAGAAUGGUUCUGUGAAAAAUGUUGGUAGUUUUCCCUCCAAUGAAUCUAGAACUAGCAGAAUUCCUCGAAGAGUUUCAAGCCUCUUCUCUAACCUUAAUGAUGAAGGUAAGAAUUUGAUGGAGCUUGCUGCCAAGUUUAAAUCUUCUCAAGGACAAGCAGCAACUAAAUAUCUAAGUGUUUCGAGGCGAGUCAGGAAUGGUUUAAGUCAGGCAUAUACAUCUCGGUUUGUUUCUGCAUUUUGUCAAUCAAAUUGUGGUGAUGUAAGUCCAAACACUCUUGGUGCAUUUUGCAUGGACACUGGCCUGCCCUGUGACUUCAAUCAAAGCACCUGCAAUGGGAAAAAUGAACUGUGUUAUGGACGGGGUCCAGGCUAUCCUGAUGAAUUUGAGAGUACACGCAUUAUUGGUGAAAGGCAAUUCCAAAAAGCUGUGGAGCUAUUCAGCAGAGCAACUGAGAAACUGGAUGGGAAGGUUGGAUAUCAACAUGCUUAUGUAAAUUUCUCCAACCUCGAGGUCUCAAUUCCUCUAGCAGGAGGGGGUAAUGAGGUGGUGAAAACAUGUCCAGCAGCCAUGGGAUUUGCAUUUGCUGCAGGAACUACAGAUGGCCCUGGAGCUUUUGAUUUCAAGCAGGGAGAUGAUAAGGGGAAUGCCUUUUGGAUGUUGGUGAGGGACUUUCUGAAAGCACCAAAUAAAGAACAGAUUGCUUGUCAGAGCCCGAAGCCUAUUUUGCUUGAUACUGGGGAAAUGAAAGAACCAUAUGACUGGGCACCAUCAGUUCUUCCAGUUCAAAUUCUGCGGAUAGGGCAACUCGUCAUUCUCUGUGUACCUGCAGAAUUUACAACCAUGGCUGGACGGCGUCUACGAGAUGCUGUUAAAACAGUCCUCACUUCUGGAGGCAAUAAGGAAUUUGACAACAAUGUCCAUAUCGUGAUUGCAGGGCUGACAAACACAUAUUCUCAGUAUGUUACCACCUUUGAGGAGUAUCAGGUGCAGAGAUAUGAGGGAGCCUCCACCCUUUAUGGUCCACACACCCUUAGUGCCUACAUUCAGGAGUUCAAGAAACUAGCAGCAGCUCUCAUCUAUCCCCAGACCAUCCAGCCAGGCCCUCCACCACCAGAUCUCCUUGACAAGCAGAUUAGCUUUCUGACACCUGUUGUCCUGGACUCAACUCCCCCUUCUGUGAAAUUUGGAGAUGUCAAAGAUGAUGUUCCUCAAAAUUCCACCUUCAAGAGGGGUGAUAUGGUCUCAGCCACCUUCUGGUCUGCUUCUCCAAGGAAUGACCUCAUGACUGAGGGGACAUUUGCAUUGGUUGAAUUUCUCAAAGAUCAGAAGACAUGGAUCUCUGCCUACGACGACGAUGACUUUUGUCUGCGGUUUAAGUGGUCUAGGCCUGCACAACUGAGUGCUCAGAGCUACGCAACCAUAGAGUGGAGGAUCCCAGUGUUAGCAGUCUCGGGUGUGUACAGGAUAACACAUUUUGGUGCUGCAAAACCACUCUUUGGAUCAAUCCAAUAUUUUACAGGUUCUUCUAGUGCUUUUGUUGUGGCAUAGCAAGGUUGCAUGGAUGAAAUCAUUCCAGAUAUUAGUUUAUGUUUUUCAACAAAAAAAAAAAAAAAUGUCCCUCAUACUUAAAGUCUCCUACCAUUUCAGAAAGAACUGUAACAAGAGGCAGUGCCUCUGAGUUUUAGAUGAAUAAAAAGGGAGGAAAACAUCCACCUUGGGUUCGAACCCACGUCCACAAGGUUAAGAGCCUUGCACUCUACCGAGUAAGCUAGACGGGCAUUUUUACCUGA